GGCCGCCGCAAACUCCCCCGGCUGCUCAAGUUUGUCUCCAAAGCCAAGCGGCUCAAGCCGGGGCAGGCGGCUCUGGCUCGUGCCCGCCGCCAACCUUCCAGUACCCGCCGCAGCACCCCCAAGAGGUACCGCCCGGCACCUGCGCCCGCCCCGGAGGACACAGAGGAGGCAGCGGCACCUGGGAAGCGCCGGCGGCAGGGCAGAGGUGAGCCGGAGAAAGAGAGGGAGGUGUCUCCGGACCCGCCCAGCAUCGCCCAGUCCACGCGGGCGCAAUGCCUGAAACGUGGGCGUGGACGCCCCCCGCUGACACCCACUCAGCGGGCCGAGAGGGGGGUCCCCGGGGCCGAGGACCCCCCUGGACACAAAACCACCUUUCUCAAGAACAUUCGUCAGUUCAUCAUGCCUGUGGUCAGCGCCCGCUCGUCCCGCCUCAUCCGCACCCCCCGGCGCUUCAUGGAUGAGCCCCACCCGCCCACACCCGCGCUGCCCAGGCCACCCCCCGCGCCGGAGGCGGGGGAGGGGCCCUGCCCCGCCCCCCGGCCCCCCUCGCCCGCCCCCGACGAGCCGGUGAUGACCCGCAGCGGGCGGCGCCUACUGCCUCGCACCAACCACCUCAGCCUGCCCCUGUUCCCCAGGGAGGCCCCCAAGGGGCAGCCCCCUGGGCAUGACCCAGCACCCCCCCAGCUGGUGGGCAUGGACAAGGUGUACAGCCUGCUCACCCGUGCCAAGGUGCAGCUCUUCAAGAUAGACCAGCAGCAACAGCAGCUCAAAGCUGCUCCGUCCUUGCCCAGCGUGAAACCUGAGGAGACCGGAGAAGCUGAGAACAGCCUGCGGGAUGAGACAGAGCCUGGGGCCGACCGCACCGAUGGCAGGAAGCAGGGCCAGGAGUCCCCAGUGCAGGGCCCACGAAUCAAGCAUGUGUGCCGCCACGCGGCUGUGGCACUAGGGCAGGCGCGGGCUGUGGUGCCCGAGGACGUGCCGCGACUCAGCGCCCUUCCCCUGCGUGAGCGCACCCAGCUGGCCGCGUCCCCUGGCCCUGAGGAGACAUCGUCAGCCUCGGAGACGGAGGGUGGGCAGGGCAAGCGGGCACGGGCAGAAGGGGGGCCCCAGGCAGCGCCCCCUGCACCCCCUGCCCGGCGCCCACCAGCGCCCACCACAGGGGGGGGCCGCAAGAACCGCAUGGCGCGCUGUGGGUGCUGCAAGGGCUGCCUGACGCUGCAGGACUGUGGUGCCUGCCCCAACUGCCUGGACAAGCCCAAGUUCGGUGGGCCCAACACCAAGAAGCAGUGCUGCGUGUACCGCAAGUGUGACAAGAUAGAAGCGCGGAAGAUGGAGCGGCUCUCCAAGAAAGGCCGGGCAGGGCCACGGCCAGCAGCGCCCUGGGACUCGGAGGACUCGCAGGACUCGUUCCCGGCACCCUGGGAGGUGGCGCUGGGCGCGGAGGAGACGGCUGAGCCCGACGGGCUGCUCCAGCGCAAGUCGGCGCGGCGCUGUGUGCGCCAGCCCUCCUGCCAGCCCGACCUUCUUCCAAUGGAAGUGGAGGAGCAGAGCCGGCCCCGCCGUGCCCCACUGCAGCCUGUGGUGCAGCUGAAAGCCCGCAGGCGCCCGGACAAGGACAUGCUGCCCAUUGGCGCCUUCCCCGCCUUCCCCAAUGGCUGGAAUGGGAAGCAGAAGUCUACAGAUGGUGUCCACCGGCUCCGUGUCGACUUCAAGGAGGACUGCGACCUGGAGAACGUGUGGCUCAUGGGCGGCCUCAGCAUCCUGACCUCCGUGCCCGUCACCACCCAGCUUGUCUGCCUGCUCUGUGCCAGCAAGGGCUUCCAUGAGGCCUGGUGCUGCCGGCGCUGCAAGGCCUGCCAUGUCUGCGGGCGCCGCAGCCGCGCCUCUAAGCAUCUGCUGGAGUGCGAGCGGUGCCGGAACUGCUACCACCCGGCCUGCCUGGGCCCCAACUACCCCUCGCGGCCUGGGCGCAAGCCCCAGGGCUGGCUGUGUUCGGCCUGUGUGCGUUGCAAGAGCUGCGGGGCAGCCCUGGGCCGGAGCUGGGAGGCCGAGUGGACACCAGAGACCAACCUGUGCCCACCGUGUGCUGCCCUCUAUGCCCAGGGUAAUUACUGCCCCAUCUGUUCCCACUGCUACGAGGACAACGACUACGAGAGCAAAAUGAUGCAGUGCGCCAUGUGCGAACACUGGGUGCAUGCCAAGUGCGAGGGGCUCUCGGAUGAGGGCUACGAGAUCCUGUCUAGCCUGCCAGACAGCGUGGUAUACGCGUGCAGGCCGUGCACAGGUGCUGAUGGGGGGCGCUGGCGGGACCUCCUAGAUGCCACCCUGGGCAAGGGGCUGCGGGCCGUCCUCCAGGGGCUACAGGAAGCUGAACAGGCCGCCCCCCUGCUGCAGUGUGCCCAGUGCUCCCCCGACUCGGGUGUACACAUCCACCAACACCCCUGUGACUUGCGCUCCAUCGCCCGGCGCCUUGACCAGGGACACUACACCUCUGUGCUGGGGUUCAACCGGGACAUGGUGGGGGUGCUGCAGCGCCAGGGCCCAGACCCAGUGGGGGGCUCCGAGCCCAGCGCCCGCCAGCUCUACCUCGAGGUACCAGGGUGGUGGGGGGGUCGGGCUUUCUGGGAUGGGGGUCAUCUGACCUUUUUGAGGGGGGGUCCUAUGAAAGAGAUUGAGGGGCUAGGCAUUUGUGUUGGGGAUGAGAGUAACAGGCUGAGGGAGUCCCAGGUGGGUAUGAGGCUGCCUGGGUUUUGGGGGGCAGCUGGGACCCUGAGAGGGGUUGGUGUGCAGUGGGGUGACAUCAUUUGGGUUUUGUGGGGGGGUCUGGUGUGGAUGGGGACAUGGUGCCAGCCCACCCCCCCAACAUCUGCCUCCCCCUGCAGCGGGCUGCUGCCGAACGCGGUGGUGCCCCCCUCUGCUGACCACCUCUAUGCCCAGUGGCGCCAGCCCGAGGAGCCCGGCCCUGAGAGAGAAAACGAGCAGCCCACCCCACCCCCUGGUGUGAAGGGACCUGGCACAGGGCCGGGGGGCGGCACGGAGGACAAGCGGCAGUGCGCCCUGUGCCUGCAGUAUGGGGAUGCCCCCUCCAAGGAGGCCGGGCGGCUGUUGUACAUUGGGCAGAACGAGUGGACGCAUGUGAACUGCGCCGUGUGGUCAGCUGAGGUCUUCGAGGAGAACGAUGGCUCCCUCAAGAACGUGCACGCCGCUGUAGCCCGCGGCCGCCAGAUGCGGUGUGAGCACUGCCAACGCCCGGGUGCCACAGUGGGCUGCUGCCUGUCUGCCUGCCUGAGCAACUACCACUUCAUGUGUGCCCGGCGCCGGCGCUGCACCUUCCAGGACGACAAGAAGGUUUUCUGCCCCAAGCACACCCACCUGCUGGAUGGCACUGAGAUUGUAGCGGAGGACGGCUUUGAUGUGUUGCGCCGCGUCUAUGUGGACUUCGAAGGCAUCAGCUUCAAGAGGAAGUUCACGGUUGGCCUCGAACCCGACACUGUCAAUAUGAUGAUUGGCUCCAUCAAGAUCGACAGCCUGGGCACGCUGACAGACCUGUCAGAGUGUGAUGGACACCUCUUCCCCGUUGGUUACCAGUGUUCCCGGCUGUACUGGAGCACGGUGGAUGCCCGGCGGCGUUGCUGGUACCGGUGCCGGGUGCUGGAGUGCCGGCCUCAGCUGGGCCACGACGAGCCCAACGGCCAGGCCAGGCAGGAGGAGAACCGCACCAUCGCCCACAGCCCUGCCCCAGACUCUGGUGAUGCAGAAGAGGUGCCUGCAGAUGCCCCCAUGGCAGCAAAGACGCCACCCGGCCCUGAGCGCCAGGCAUCCACUCGCCCGCCUGAGCCAGCCACCCCCACACCCCGGCCCCCAGCUGGUGCCCGCAUCAAGGUACCCAGCUACUCGCCCACCCGCCGGCCCCUGGGGGGCAUCUCCUCCCGGCCUCUGCCCUCCCCUGGGGGGGUCCUAUGGGCUGGGAUGGGCCGCCAGGGCAUGCUCUACCCCACCCCCCUCACCCUGUACCCCCCACCCCCAGGGGAGUCGUGGAGCUCGGAUGAGGACUGUCCCGGGCGGGAGGAGCCAGAGGCUGAGGCUCCCCCCAAGACGCGGCCACACCUGCGCUUCGAGAUCAGCAGCGAGGAUGGGCUCAGUGUGCAGGCCGACACUGUGGAGGGUGCCUGGAAGGCCGUGAUUGAGAAGGUACAAGAGGCCCGAGCCGUUGCCCGUCUCCGGCACCUGUCAUUCGCCGGCAUGAAUGGGGUGCGCCUUCUGGGUAUGCACCACGAUGCUGUGGUCUUCCUGGUGGAGCAGCUGCCAGGCGCCCGCGCCUGCCACGCCUGCAAGUUCCGGUACCACCCGCAUGGGCAUGGCCCCGCCCCUCCGCCCCUCAACCCCCGCGGCUGUGCCCGUGCCGAAGUCUACGUCAGGAAAUGCACCUUCGACAUGUUCAACUUCCUGGCAUCGCAACAUCGGCGCCUGCCUGAGGCUGGGGCUGAGGAUGAGGAGGAGGAUGAGGUGCAGCUCAAGUCCACCAGACGAGCCACCAGCCUGGAGCUGCCCAUGGCCAUGCGGUUCCGGCACCUGAAGAGGACGUCCAAGGAGGCUGUGGGCGUGUACAGGUCGGCCAUCCAUGGGCGGGGGCUGUUCUGCAAGCGCAACAUCGACGCAGGCGAGAUGGUGAUUGAGUACUCGGGCACCGUCAUCCGCUCCGUGCUCACAGACAAGCGCGAGAAGUUCUACGACAGCAAGGGCAUCGGGUGCUACAUGUUUCGCAUGGACGACUUCGACGUGGUGGACGCUACGAUGCAUGGCAAUGCCGCGCGCUUCAUCAACCACUCGUGCGAGCCCAACUGCUACUCGCGCGUCAUCCACGUGGAGGGGCAGAAGCACAUAGUCAUCUUUGCCCUGCGCCGCAUCCUGCGUGGCGAGGAGCUCACCUAUGACUACAAGUUCCCCAUCGAGGACGCCGGCUCCAAGCUGCCCUGCAACUGCGGGGCCAAGCGCUGCCGCCGCUACCUCAACUAGUCCCUAAGAGACCCCUCAGCGCUGCCCCAGGGAUCCCCCACCCACCCAUGGAUCAGACUUGGAAACCCCCUCGGGGACCCCUGGUGCUGCCCAGAUAUUUCCCUCCCCUCCUCUAUCCCAGACUGACUUGGACCCACCCUGGGGAAACUCCCCCAGGAUUUCCAACCCUCCAAACCUGGACUUGCGGACCCCUACCCUGAUCUGGAAACCCCCCUCGGGGACUCCUGGUGCUGCCCUGGAGAUGUACCCCCUCCAGCCUGACUUGGAACCACCCGAGGACCCCCCAGGGGUACCCCCGCCCCAAAAUGGAUGCCUAAUGGCGCUGUCCAGAGCCCCCUCCCCAACCUCACUUGAAGUCACCCUGCAACUCCCACCCUGGUCUGGGACCCCCUUUGGAGACCCCUACCCUGACCUAGACCCCCCAGGGGGCCUGAGCUGCCCUGCCCCCCUUCCAGCCUGACUUGGACUCACCUGAAGUGACCCCCAGCCUGACGACCCCCCCCAUUUGGGGACCCCUAACUUGAUCUGGACCCCCCCCUUGGGGACCCCUGGUGCUGCCCUAGAGACCCCCCCAUCUCAGUCUGACUUGCCGCGCCCCCCCCCAUGACCCCUAACCCUGACUUUGAACCCGUUUCCCCAGUGACCUCCUGGCAUUACCUAGCCCCCUGCCCCUUGUCUGGGCCCCCCCAGGCUGUUACACUUGGGGACCCUCACUACCUCCCCCCCAACCUGGAACCCCCUCACGGA